CAAGGAAAUGACAGUGAUAUCGCUGAUACAGUAAACAUCCGAAUGUCACUAAUCCUAUAAAAUUGAUUUAUUAGUUAUUAAAACUGAAAAAUAUUUAUGCACUACGUAUCUAAUGUUAAUAAAACCGGCCAAGAGCAUGUCGGGCCACGCUCAGUGUAGGGUUCCGUAGUUACUCUUCCGUCACAAUAAGCUAAACUGGAGCCUAAAGUAAAUUGUUAACCAAGGCACCCGAGUUAAACAAAUAGGCAAAUUUGCAUAAUCAGUAUCUAAUUAAAGUAAGUCUUUUUACUAUGAAGGGGAAACUUUUUACGAUAACUCAAAAACCGCUAAACUGAUCAUGUCCGCUAUAGUUUUCAUUUAAUGUAUUUCUUAAGCUCUACAUCCACGAUUUUUUUCAUAUUUUUUGGACCUAUGGUUCAAAAGUUAGAGGGGGGGACCCAUGUUUUUUUCUUUCGGAGCGAUUAUCUCCAAAUAUAUUCACUUUAUCAAAAAAUGUUUGUUGAAGACCCCUAUUAGUUUUGAAAGACCUUUCCAACGAUACCCCACACUUUUUUUUAGAUUUUAUUGUAUGACUUUGUCGGCUUUAUUGAUUUAUAUAUCCAUGCCAAAUUUCAGCUUUCUAGCACUAACGACCACGGAGCAAAGCCUCGGACAGACAGACAGACAGACGGACAUGGCGAAACUAUAAGGGUUCCUAGUUGACUACGGAACCCUAAAAAUGUUCAGUAGUAAAACGGUUUAUUUAAAGAUAUUGUUACAGUUUUUUACUACAGCUAUAAAACCAAAACUAUUUACUCGUAGAAGGACAAUACAGUAAUGUUUUUUUUUUAUUUUAUUUCUCACGAAUUCAAGAUAUUACAACUACGUACAUAUGUAGUUUAAGUUAUGGAUUUGAGAUUGUUCAUCGCACUCUGUGUAUUCACUGCACCACGCACAGCAGUAAGGCUCCAUAAGCUCUUUGAACUUGUAGAUGGUGGCUCUACCCCACAUUACGACUCAAACCUACAAGGCUUUCUUCACAUUGGUAACGACUACUCCGUUUUCCUCAGAACACCAGUCGAUAACGAUAAACAUUUAAUCUACGAGCUGUACGAAACUAAGAAUAUACCUAACUCUCCAACAUCUUAUGACUACAAGCCGUCACUGUUAGCCGUAUCGCAAAUACCUAUAGAAUAUAUAAAAGAACAGUUGCGUACGUACAGAGACGAGUUACAUAAUGCCACUUAUAUGAACGACACACUAGUGCCAGGAACUCAGGUGAUGACUUUGAGAGAAUGGCAAAUUGCGAAAGCGUUGAGAAUACGGGAAGAAAAUGGAACAAACACACCUUUGCGAAGCGAACCACUGGUCUUAAGAAUGCUCGAUUGACGAUAAUCAAAAAACACUAAAUAAUAGUAAAAUAUUUGCAUCAGCUUAAUAAAUGCUACUCUUCCUUCUACUUU